CGUAACCAAACAAACACUGAAGCUGCUGCUCUCUAGCAAACAAAAGAAAAGUCCGGUCGAGAAGUGGAAAAUACUGACACAAAAACGUGCUCAAGUCCAUUUUCUAAACCACUUUGUCGUUAUUUAUUAAGUCAACUACUAUUUAUGAGCCUGCGGGGGGUAAUCAGCUCGAGAAAGACGUGACAGAAUGACAGAGGAUGCCGUGCUGCUGAAUGUACCAGUGAUCCGGCAGCUGUACCACUGGGACUGCGGCUUAGCCUGCUCCAGGAUGGUCCUCAAAUACCUCCACACGGUGACUGAUGAGGAGUUUCAGAGAGCAUGCUGGGAGCUGAAGCUGACACAGAGCGUGUGGACCAUUGACCUGGCCUACCUCAUGUGGCAUCUAGGGCUCAGGCACUGCUUUUGCACGCAGACUCUGGGCGUAGAUAAAGGCUUUAAAAAUCAGUCGUUUUAUAAAAAGAAUUUUGAGACGGAGGAGGACCGAGUGAACGAGCUCUUCCUGAAGGCGGAAAGCAAAGGCGUGUUGGUAAAGAAAUGUUCAGUAACAAUUCAGGAAAUCCAGUCUCACCUGGAGCAGGGCCACGUUGCCAUAGUGCUGGUAAACGCUGUGGUCCUAACGUGUGAACUGUGCUCGGCACCUGUCAAGUACUGUUGCUUCCUGCCAGUGGGCCAGAAGUGUUUCUGCAGGAAGCCAGAGUACCAGGGCCACUUUGUGGUUGUGUCUGGCUUCAGCAGAACCACUGGUGGCAUCUACUACAACAACCCUGCAUAUUCUGACCGUGUGUGCUGCACCAGCGUCAGCAACUUUGAAGAGGCCAGGCGGAGCUACGGAACAGACGAGGACAUCCUCUUCAUCUUCAAAGACAGUUGAUGGACACUGACCAUAAUUGUGGAUUUCUUCACAAUAGAAACAAGACAGUUCUUCGGUUCAGAGGCGCCUCCUCAUGUCUGCCAUCUGAGUUCCCAAGGCACUAUUCACGUCAACACAAACCAAUACUACUUGAUUUUGAAAGUGAAAAAGUUACAAAAAAAAAAAAAAGAUUUGACUAUUUUUCUAUAUAUUUUUUUCCUUGAGAUGAACAGAUUCAAAUGGGUUUUGGGUGAAUUUCAAUGACUGUGGUUGUACACACGUUUGAUCAGUUGAACUGAGGAAUUCAGACCUGUGUGGACGGAAACUUGGGAACCAUAAGCCAGAAUAUGAACGGUCUGGACCUAAUGCACACGUAAUUCAGGGCUCAUGCUGAUAACACAUUAUUGUGCAUUUGAUGUAUUUGUCGUGUCCAGUGUUGAUGUGUAGCUGCCCAUCUUCGGUCCACUGCCUCGUCUCUCCCUGCCUUUUGAAAGCCUACACAGCUCACUGUUGAUUCGGAGGAUUCCACCAGCAGGGAACGCAGGACGCGGUGGCGCUACGAGUCUCAGGUCAUCCAUACGUGGAAGUGUGACGGUGCUGGGGGAAUGCAAUAAUUUUCUGAGGCAAUCACUACGCCAGCAGGAGAACAUGAACAGUCGGUGAAACACGAGGUCAUCUGUUUCAUUCACAUCACUACAAAUAAAAACAGCACAACGUCUUUUGCUCCAAUACCAUGGAAACGGGCAGGACAGAUGGAUUCAUUGAUGGUCAUAUGGAUAUAUUUUUGGUAAUGUCCUCCAUUGUUUCAGUCUUAUUUUUAAAAAAUGCUAAUAUGUACAUGUUUUUUGCACUAUGCUUUUCAUACCAGGAGGAAUUGUGUUAUUUAAAUGAAAUGCUUCUCUAGGUCUAAGAAAUUUCACCUCCCACUGGCUGUGCUUUAUGAUGAAAAAAGUGGCACAUUUUAAACUUUUUUUUUUUAACAUAACUGCAUUUAUUAGAUGUAAUUAAAAUACUUGAACAUUUGCUGGAUCCUUAUUUUUCUCUCAUUGAGCCUGAGCAUGAAUUCUUUAUAUUUUCUACAGAGACUUAAAUAAGACUCAAAUAUGAUUUGGAUUUUAUUUCCUAAAGCGUUGCUGAGGUUGAGAUUGUAUAUACCAACUAAUUAGCC